AAGCGUUGCUUUACGACGAUUUGGAGGAACACCACCCGGUUGGCGUUUACCGCUGGUGACUUUUCGCACGUGGGUUGCUGUCCGUCUUCUGCCUGUACUUCAUAUUUGUUGGCGUGAACCAGCCACACUGAAGGAUAGAGUGGCAGCGGAGGCCAAGGGUCGUGAGCUGAUGGAUUUUGCUGCUAAAAACGAAGCGACGUCUGGAAGCGGUCUCCAGCGCGGAGCUGAGGGGGCGCGGCUGGGGUUCAAGUCCGGUAGGGAGGGUGUCAGGGAUAAAGCAGAGACGGAGGAGGCCCGCGUUGUAGAGACGGGGAAUGGACUGACAGGAGUGGGGAAAACGGGGGAUAGAGAAGAAAGAAGUGGACAAAGAGCAGAGAAAAUACAAGUAGAUCUAACGGUUGUGAAGCAUGAAGUUACGGACUGUUCAGAAAUGGAAAAUGGUAUGCUGGAUAGCCAGUGGAUAAAGCAGGAGGUGAAGGAUGAGCCUGAAGUGAAAGAUGAGCCUGAGGUGAAGGAGGAGAAACCAGACACAGUGGAGGUGAAGCAGGAGGUGGUUAGUAGUUUCGUGGUAAAAGAAGAGAAGGUGGAUGAAACAGAGGUAAAGGAAGAAAAAGUGAAGGUGAAGGAAGAAGUGAUGGACUGGCUAGAAGUGAAGGAAGAGAGAAAAGAUAACUUAGAGGUAAAACAGGAGGAGAUGUUUUUUGGUCAGAACGUAAAAGAGGAAAUGAUGGAUGAAAUGUGUGUAAAAGAAGAAAAGUAUUUCGCGAAGAAAGAGAUGUUGGAUGAUACAGAGGUGAAAGAAGACCCUCAGAUAAAUUCCCCCAUGGGCUCAAAGCGGAAACUGGCAAUGUCAAGGUGUGAAACUUGUGGGACAGAAGAAGCCAAGUACAGAUGUCCACGUUGUAUGCGCUAUUCCUGCAGCUUGCCCUGUGUAAAGAAACACAAAAUAGAGCUAACAUGUAAUGGAGUUCGAGAUAAAACUGCAUAUGUUUCAAUACAACAAUUUACCGAGAUGAAUCUCCUAAGUGAUUAUCGAUUUUUGGAAGAUGUGGCAAGAACAGCAGACCAUAUUUCCAGAGAUGUUUUAUUGAAAAAACCAUUAAGCAAUAAACAUAUGUGCUUUAUGAAAAAUCGUGCUCGAAGGCAAGGUAUUAACUUAAAACUUCUACCCAAUGGAUUCACCAAGAGGAAAGAAAAUUCAACAUUUUUUGAUAAGAAAAAGCAGCAGUUUUGCUGGCAUGUGAAGCUUCAGUUUCCUCAGAGUAAAGCGGUAUACAUAGAAAAAAGAGUACCAGAUGAUAAAACUAUUAAUGAAAUUUUAAGACCAUACAUUGACCCAGAAAAGUCUGAUCCUGUAAUUCGUCAAAGGUUGAAGGCCUACAUUCACUCUCAGACUGGGGUCCAAAUUUUAAUGAAGGUCGAAAAUAUGCAACAAAAUUUAGUAAGGUAUUAUGAACUGGAUCCUCACAAAAGUCUCCUUGACAAUUUGAGGAACAAAGUGAUCAUUGAGUACCCAACAUUACAUGUGGUGUUAAAGGAAUCCAGUAAUGACAUGCAGGUUCUUCACCAGGUGAAAAGUGAAUCUACCAAGAACACUGGCAGUGAAAAUUGAGCGCUUCUGGGGGAAGAAAAUGCCCAGCCUGCAGAGGACUCUGCAUUAACCAGCUAUUGGGUGAUUGUUAGUGGGUGGGUACAGUUUUUUGUUUUUCUGAAAAGUAAUUAAACAAUCUAAAAAAAUUUUUUGAAUAUGUA